AUGAAGUUCCUGGGGGAUAUCCAAGUACAACUAGACGAGGUGGCAUGCCUGGGAAUUGCAGAGCUUCUCAAGUCGCCGUCCAUGGGCGAGUUCACGAGAGAAGGCUUUGUAAACGGCUGGAGAAGCGCCGGAUGUGACAAUCUACAAAAGAUGAUUGCUCAUGCGGCGGACAUUCGAGCUCGAAUCCCGGCUGAGCCAGACCUCUUCCGGCGCGUCUAUCGGUACACAUUUCCUCUCUGUCGUAUGCAAGGCCAGCGGAAUCUCCAGUUCGAUAUUGCCGCCGAACAGUGGAGAUUGUUCUUUACGCCCGAGCAUGGUGGCAUCCAGUGGAACACGCCCACGACUCCCUGGUUGGACUGGUGGAUUGAUUACCUCGAAGAGCGUGGAAAGCGACCAGUCAACAAGGAUCUGUGGGAGCAGGUUGAAGUGUUCCUGCGCAAGACGCUGGAGGAUGAGAACUUUGGUUGGUGGAGUGCUGACGCCGCUUGGCCGGGAACCCUGGAUGAGUUUGUGAGUUGGGUGCAGGCGAAACGGGGCAAGUCUUCGGAGGAGAUGGAAGUCGAGUAA